CUUCCAUCUUGGAUUAUGUUCGUUUUGAGGAAGCCGGGUGCUCGCUAAAUAUUAAGAGUUACGUGGUUUACUCCCCAGUGCGUUACAAUAAUCCCCCCCUCCCCCAGCCCCAACAAAAGUUUAAAACAAUUAUUGUAAAAAUUGCAUUUUUAAUUUAAUCAUAAAAAUUAAUACAAUAAGAUUACGCUAUGCUUCAGUUUGGGGGACAUAAUUAUGAGACCCUGGUGCGUAAUCUUGGAUUUACUAUUGAGGGUUUUAUCGCCUUUGCUCUAUACACGUCAAGACACGUCCAUUAGCUGAGGGCUCUCAUCUCGAUUUUGAUCAGGACUGAUCUACCAGUCGUACGUUAGACACUGGAUGAACGGAUAUGCUCGUUUAGAUGGUAAUCACAUGUUCCAAGAUAAUUGUCGAAAUAAUAGUCCAAUAAUCAAUAGUGUUAACGAUAUUAAGAAACACGGUACAGCAAUAAUGGCAUUACCAACUAGAUCAAGGGUUUAUGCAGAUGUUAAUUCACAUAAACCGAGAGAUUACUGGGAUUACGAGUCUUACGUGGUUGACUGGGGACAACAAGAUGAUUAUCAAUUAGUGAGAAAAUUGGGAAGAGGAAAGUACAGUGAAGUAUUUGAAGCCAUCAAUAUCACAAAUAAUGAAAAGUGUGUGGUAAAAAUAUUGAAGCCGGUCAAGAAGAAGAAAAUCAAAAGGGAGAUCAAGAUUCUGGAGAAUCUCAGGGGUGGCACCAAUAUCAUUACCCUUCAGGCUGUUGUCAAGGACCCAGUCUCACGAACGCCAGCCCUGAUAUUCGAACACGUGAACAAUACAGAUUUUAAACAACUCUAUCAGACAUUAACAGAUUACGAUAUUAGAUAUUAUCUCUAUGAGUUACUAAAAGCAUUGGACUACUGCCACAGCAUGGGAAUUAUGCACAGAGAUGUUAAGCCGCACAAUGUCAUGAUUGAUCAUGAGAAUCGUAAACUUCGUUUGAUCGACUGGGGAUUAGCUGAAUUUUAUCAUCCUGGCCAGGAAUACAAUGUUCGAGUUGCAUCACGGUAUUUCAAGGGACCUGAGCUACUUGUUGAUUAUCAGAUGUACGAUUACUCACUGGAUAUGUGGUCACUCGGCUGCAUGCUGGCCAGCAUGAUAUUUAGGAAAGAACCGUUCUUUCAUGGUCACGAUAAUUACGAUCAAUUGGUAAGAAUUGCUAAAGUAUUGGGCACAGAGGAGCUCUUUGAGUAUCUCGACAAGUACCACAUUGAGCUUGACCCAAGAUUCAAUGACAUACUUGGACGUCAUUCACGCAAACGCUGGGAGCGUUUUGUUCACUCGGAGAAUCAGCAUCUUGUGUCACCAGAGAGUCUUGAUUUUCUUGACAAGCUACUGCGCUACGACCACUACGAAAGACUAACUGCACGAGAAGCAAUGGAUCACCCUUACUUUUACCCAAUAGUGAAAGAUCAGGGUCGAUUAAAUAUGGCUCACGGUUCGUCUUCACCUACUCCCAUGGCAGGCUCAAUGCCUGUAGGUGUCCAUAGCGUGACACUGAACUCGUUGCCAGCUCCUGUAUCGGCUGGACAGGAAAAUACAAGUGGAGUAGCCAGCGGCGUGGGCCUCUUAGAUGAGCUUUCUUCAAUUCAGCCGAUACCACAGCUCUCAAAAGUUCAACAUUAGUCAAAGACGAAAAAAAAAAACGUUGAGGUCGAAAAUAAUGAAUUUAAGGUUUAAAGUAAAUGAGAUGGAAAAAAAUCGUAUGAAUAACAUAAUGAAAAAAAAAAUGAAACAAAAACAUCCAACCAUGAUUUUCAGUACAUUAUUAUAAUACAGAUACAUUAUACCAUCUGAGAGCAAAAGAAAAAUCGUUAAAAAGUAAAUUUCACACAAUUAUUUGUUCUUAACGGCAUUCCGACGUUACAAAUUCUCGACGGCAACGAUUCUUUUAAUUAAGACUGAAAAAAUAUUUCGUCAUAAUUGUUUUUUCAUGAUUUAAUUCCAACUUUUUUGGGCAUCGAGAUUAAUUUAAUUACAGCGUACUUAGGCGUAUCCGUAAUAUUCGUAUCUGAAAAUAAUUAUGUUCAUUUUUUCUUCUUUCAUUUUGAAGGAAUAAUGUGUUGCGUUUAUUUUUUCAAAUAAUCGUCGUGCGUCUUUGUAUAUGAAAAAAGAUUAAAUCAAUACUGAAACAUAUUGAAUCUGUUAUUAAAUGUAAUAAGGAGAUAAUCACUUUUGAACAAUUUUUCCACAUAUUCAGAUGUUUUUUGGGGAUAACUCAUGUGGAUAGAAUCAGAGAUAAUGCCUUCUCACCCACCCUCGCAUCUCUCAUUUACCCAGAGAAGAUAACCUUUUUUUACACGAAACAAUAGUUUAUCACUAAAGCAUUCAUCUCCUCAUUUUAUUUAAUGAAGAAGAAAAAAAAGAAACUAUAAAUCAUUCUAGAUUGUGAAUUUGAUACCGAUGUUCCUGUAUCUGUUACUGUACAAUCGAUAAUAAUGCCGUUUUUAUUUUCUGUACGAUCAUAGAUGAUAAUACAGUUUUCGCUAUUAAAAUUGACCAAGGGGGAAAAAAUAAAAAAGCAAAAAAAAUGAGUAACAAUUAAUUAGCAAUGAAAAAUGAACAAAAAUCCAUAGGAUAAGUGUGCGCAAGCAGAGAGGAAAUGUGAAAAAUGAAACGAAGAGUCUUAUUCACUCGUCAUCUGUACACUGAGAGAAAAACGACAAAGUCCUCAAACAAGUCUUACUUGUGCCAAGACAAUAGUUUUUUGAAAAUUAUCAAAAAAGGAUUUCUAGCACUACUCCUCCGUUAUUCGAUACUUUGAAAUGAGGGAUAGUAGUUUUUCAUUUCGGGUAGCAAAUAAUCACAGAAUUAUCCGUAAUUAUUCAUAUUUGAGACUUUCAAAUUCAAACCAAACAAAUUCUCUUUUGGCAAUUUUCAACUAGCGAUUUUCUUGGCCCAAAAAAGACUUUUUUGACAAUGUGUUUGUUUUUCUCUCAGUGGAUCAUGUAUAGACAGAUAAGAACAGAAAUAAAAAGAAGAACAAAAUAUUAGUGGAGAGACUUCAUUUUUUGUUUAGCAUAUUUAAAAUACGGAGUAAAAGGUCUUAUUAUCUGGAACAAGAAAAGCGAAAAAGUUCGCUGAAUAGAAGGAUGAAGAAAAAAUAUUUGUUAUAGCCCAACAAUUAAAUUGCCAAUAAUCACCCCUUUCUAUUUAUAAUGAAAAAAUGCCCUCACUACAAUGCAAAUUUAAAUAAAGAGUAAAUGAAGAAAAAACCCAAUUGAACAAUUCAAAGGAAAACAUACACUUGAGAUUUUUUUCAUUCACAGUUCUCUGGAUUAAGUUUUGCAGAGGGAAAAGAUUAGUUAUUUUUAUAAUUAUUUUUUUCACUUGAAAAAAAAAAACAUCUCAGUUAUCAUGAAAAAUCUGAACAUUUGUUUCAUUAAUUAUUUAAAUUAAUUAAAUACUGUACAUCAUUCAAUCAAA